CUGAUGUUGAUAUAAUUCAGUACAAAGAUGAAAAAUGGAAUUUUUUGCAAGGGUUAAUAUAGUAUGGUAAUUACAUAGAGAUACAUGUAUGUGAUGGCUUGAUAGCAUAUACUUUGAUCAGCAUUAGUCAAGUUUUGAAAUCACUUUAUCCCGCAGCAAAUUUUUUUACCAAGCGCUGGUACGGGACAGUGGGUUUGAAAACCUGACUGUCCCGUAGCUCAGUGCUACAAAGUGCUCAUACGGGAUAAAGGUGUUUGACUUCGUGAAUAUCCCGCGAGCCCUAUAAAAUUACGUGACAGUGUAACUUCGAUUCAUCAUAUCCCGAUCUGUGAAAAACAUUUGUCGGGGUCGGGACUAAUAAUCAGAUCUAAAGAAUUCCAUUAGAACCAUGGCUAUAACAGAAUUACCAAGUUCUGAGGCUUACUUUAACACAUCCCUUCCAUGUGGCACUGCAGUGUUUGUAGGAUGUGAAAAUGGCAGUGUAUAUGUAUGGCGAGUUGCAUUCAGCUAUUUCAAAGGGAAAGAACCAAUGAUUGUUCCAAUCUCAAUAUUCCAAGCUUUUAAUGGUACACCAGUCCAAACCAUUGCAGUAGAAUCUUCAGUAAAUGACAAGGAUUGUAGCCGGAUAGUUACAGGAUCAUGUCACACUUUAAAUGAAGAGAAGGGAGGUCAAGGAGAAGUCAAGCUAUGGGACAUAUCUGAACUUUUAACUGUCCAAUCAGGUGAUGAAUUAAAGAAGCCGGUUCUCCUGAAGAUGAAGGCACGACAUGAAAUAGCUAUAGCAUUAUUACAUUCUGAUAGAAAAGAAUGGAAUUUUGGCAUAAAAGCUCUGGCAUAUUCCCCUGAUAAUGCAUACAUUGCUGUAGGGUUUGGACUUCCAACUUAUCUGAGUGGAGCUGGAGUGUUCCUUGGAGCUGUGGUGAGAAAUGAAACUUUGGAGACAGCCUGUGUGAUUGAUGGAGAGAAUUACCAGUUGCACUAUUUGGAGUUUGACAAGAAUUACUCCAAUGGUGAAACCUACAGACUGCUGAUAUCAACACCAUAUACAUUUGAAGUAUGCCUUAUUACUCC